GCGGUCUGCUGGGGCUCAUGGCUGCGUUGAUGCGGGCUCCGGGCGGCCAGGUUUGGCGGAUCCUUCCUCGCGGACUCUGGCUUUGGAGCCCAGCGGACAGGACUGCGAAGGUCUUGCUGAGGCAGUUCUGUGCGCGGCAGGAAGAGGUGCGGCGGGUCUCGGGGAGCCCUGGCGCUUGCCGGGGAAGCCGGACCUUCAGCACAGGGCUGCCGCCACCCCCGGAGUCAUCAGGGCCCGAGCCUAAGGGUCACAGAGACCCCUCGCACCCCUCGAAACCUGGGCCUGUUUCCUGGAAGUCUUUAGCAAUCACAUUUGCUAUUGGAGGGGCUUUACUGGCUGGAAUGAAGUACUUUAAGAAGGAAAAGACAGAAAGGCUGGAGAAGGAGCGGCAUCGAAGCAUUGGGAAGCCUUUACUUGGGGGCCCAUUUUCCCUAACAACCCAUACUGGAGAGCCCAAAACUAACAAGGACUACCUGGGUCAGUGGGUAUUGAUCUAUUUUGGUUUCACUCAUUGCCCUGAUAUCUGUCCAGAAGAACUGGAAAAAAUGAUUCAAGUUGUGGAUGAAAUAGAUAGCAUUCCAACUCUCCCAAAUUUAACUCCUCUUUUCAUCACCAUUGAUCCUGAAAGGGACACAAAAGAAGCUGUUGCAAACUAUGUGAAAGAAUUUUCUCCUAAACUGAUUGGCUUGACUGGCACAAAAGAAGAGAUUGAUCAAGUGGCCAGAGCUUACAGGGUGUAUUACAGCCCUGGCCCCAAGGAUGAAGAUGAAGACUACAUAGUGGACCAUACCAUAAUAAUGUACUUGCUUGGACCCGAUGGUGAGUUUGUAGACUACUUUGGCCAGAACAAGAGGAAUGGAGAAAUAGCUGGCUCCAUCGCUGCGCACAUGCGGGCUCACAUGAAGGCACAUGUGAAGAAGAGCUAACCAGAGCCGCCUUGCUGGUACAGUGGUCUCUUGCCAAAGAGGAUGGAAGCUUCAUCUCCCAUAAGAGCUGAUAUAUAUCAUGCAACGUAAAGAACGGCCUUCCUACCAUGAGCACAUGUGUAUUUUAGACAAGAUACUACCCUAUCUUGGUUCAGCCAAGAUUCUUGGAACUCUGCAGAUUGCAUCCAGUCUUCUAAGUAGCCACCGUGAGUCCAGAGGACCAAGUUAAAGUGAGGCCAGUAGAGAGUGUACCUCACCGCACCACAGCAGGGAAAGGCUUGUGGUCCAGGUCUUCCUGGGAACAGGGCCCUCUGAGCAGCAUUGCAUCUUGUCAGAGGCUUGGGCCCUUGCUUAUACAGUUUGUAAAGCUGAAUUUUACAGAAAAGAAUGUAAUUUCCACAGUGCUCUUGCCUUCCUCAUCUUGAGUUCUUUGUGGCUAAUAACCAUCGACCAUCUGCUAUUCAAAGUUAAUCUCUAUAUUUGAAAGCAAAAGUUUAGUCUUCCUUGACAACCAGCAUCACUGUCCAGUUGCAUUUCAUUCCCCCAUCAGCAGAUGUGGAUUGGACCAGUAAAGAGGAAGAAUUAUUGUUUGGAGAAAAACAUUAGUUUGAUUCCUCUAUGAAUCGUUUUGUGUUUUUUUUGUUUUUUGUUUUUUUAGCUGAAUGAUCUGCCAGCUUUUCAGUGAUGUACCAAAUGAAAAUAAGAGAACUGAUCAUGAAAAUAUGCAGCAGAAUAUUUUUCUGUAUUUACCAGAUUGUACUCCAUGUAAAGUAAAGGUGUGUUCAGAUUUGCAGCUUGGACAAGCAUGACUUCUCUCCUGGCAAAGAGUGGGUGUGGAGAUGGCAGUCCAUAGCACACAACACAGAGACCCACAGACUCAUGUGGAUGGGCAGAUGGGUACUCACUACAUACAGACUGCCAGGCCCAGAGCUGCCCAGUCUUGGGUAAGAUUCAGAGACCUGCAUUCCAGACUGGUAUCUAUGGCGACUCGGGUGCUGGUGAUCUGGGGAUCGCUCCUGGAAAAACUUUCAUGGAGAAAUAACUUGAGCCACCCUUUGGUGUGUCAGUCAACUGUUCAAAAAAAAUGAUUGGCACACAACAGAAUGGAUUUUUCUAAGUUUUACUUUGCUAGGUUUGACUAGUUUACCUGGGUUUCACUAUCACCUUUUUUCCACUUGAAGAAGGUCUCCUAAAGUCUCAGUAAGUCCUAAAAUGCAACCAACUAAAAGACCUAUUUGGAAAAUGGAUUGUUUUUGCACAUCAGUUAUAUUUUCACAUGCACAUUAUAUAGGCCUCUUUUGCUUUUUAGAUUCUCAACACUUAAAUGUUAAUACACUGGUACCUCAGUUCACAAACUUAAUUAGGCCCACAAUUCUGGGGAAAAUGCCCAUGUUCGUGUUCAUGAAAGAAAGAUGGCCAUGAUUGUGUUUGUCACCUAAUGGCAGAGUUCACAAACAGAAACAAAAUUUUGCCAAAUGCUUGUUUUUGAACCAAAUUAUUCAUAAACAAGUGUACUUAUGAACCAAAGUGCCACUGUAUGUGUAUUAAAGAGAAGAGAAAAACCUAAA